AUGGGGCGCGCGGCGCUCUGGCUGUCGCUGUGCGCGCUGGCGCUGCGCCUGCCGCCCGGCCUCCCGCAAAUGGUGGCUACAAACGUGCCCCCCGAAGACCAGGAUGGCUCCGGCGACGACUCGGACAGCUUCUCUGGCUCCGGAGCAGGCGCUCUGCAGGACUUCGCCGUGUCACAGCCGACCUCCUUCACCUGGAGGGACAUGGGGCUCCUGACUGCCAUGCCCACGGCCCCAGAGCCCACCGGGGACGAUACCACGGCCGCCUCCACCUCCAUCCUGCCCGAUGGAGCAGGAGAGCAGGAGCGAGACACGGUGCUCCUGGCCCACCUGGAACCGGGCUCUCCCAGCCGGGAACAGACCACCCACCCGCCCAGCGAGACCACGCCAUACCCCACCACCCACCGGGCAGCGACAGCCAGAGCCACCGCUGCCCAGGCGUCUGUCAGCUGGCAUCCCGUCAGGGCCAUGCAGCCUGACCACCACGAGACCUCGGCCCCCGAGGGCCUCGGCCCGCUCGAUCCUCACCCUGCUGACCCUCACACGACCGUCACGGAGGAGAGGGGUCCUUCGGCCACCGAGAGGACUGCCGAGGCCGGGCCUGCCACCCAGUUCCCCAAAGGAGAGGGCUCUGGGGAGGAGGACUUCACCUUCGACGUGUCCGCGGAGAGCACCACUGGGGCUCCCGAGAAGCCAAAGCUGUCAAAGGAACUUUCAGUGGAUGGCAAGGCCAGCGGGGCCACCGGGGCCUCGCAGGGCCUCCUGGACAGGAAGGAAGUGCUGGGAGGGGUCAUCGCUGGCGGCCUGGUGGGGCUCAUCUGCGCCGUGUGCCUGGUGGGCUUCAUGCUGUACCGGAUGAAGAAGAAGGACGAGGGCAGCUACUCCCUGGAGGAGCCCAAGCAAGCCAACGGCGGGGCCUACCAGAAGCCCAGCAAGCAGGAGGAGUUCUACGCCUGA